GAUGACGCAUUUGCUAAUAAUCCCCCGUCAUCGGGGCUCUCGUAGUAGCAGCAGUAGCAGCUUUGCUUCACCCGUGUAUGGGUCACUUUAACGAUCGGUUCGUGAUCGUGAUCAUUCAUCGCAAUGUAAAUAUUUACGGAAAAAGUUUCACCGUUCUGGUUUUGUUUGUGGUGCCAGAACGCGACGACGCUUCGGUGCAAUAUUCGAAACGAUUUUUUUAAAGUAGCCCAUAUUUUAAGCGGUGAAAUAUGCUGCAUUCAUUAGCCAGCAACAUGGUUUAUUUACUUGUAGAUUGCAAUGUUUGGAUACACUUAUUGGCGCAAGACCAAACCAAAGAGGAGCCGUUUGGUCUGAACAGGAGAUGAAGAAUAUUUCUUAUUAUCUGCCUCACAGUAGGAAGACAAAUAAACAAACAGAUAAAUCCCAUGCGUCGAAAUCGAAAGGUUUUCCCCGUGAGCGUUAUGCUGCCCGCGUCCGGUGCACAACUCACGAAAGCAGGUGGUGCACGACCUUAUGCCCAUGACCGUGAGUGGUGUGUGCCGUGAAGGCUGGUUUCAUCCUAAACAAAACAAAAAUAACACUCCUUUACGCGCUUUUCCACUAUUUCCAUUCGUUGGGGAAUGGUUUGGCUGUCUUUCUCGGCUUGUCAUAAGACGCACAAGCUUUACCCCGGGUGAAAGUUGGCCUGAAACAAUCACACACUUCCGCGCUUGUUUGACACGCGAACGUGUUUGAACCAAACACCGGAGCAUAACGUGUGUGAGCGACCACCUGUUGCAAAAAGUUGAUGCACCGUUUCGGAACUGCAUUUGCCACUGCGGCAGUCGCGCAUCUGUAUGUAUCGGAUCUAGCUUAUCGAUGCUGCAGCAUCCUACCGAGACAGAGUUUCCCGUAGCGGAGGGGAGCAUUUUGAAGGGCUGAACACGUGAGCUUGUCCACGAAUAGGUACAGUCGCGCGUACACACACACACGCACCCGUGUCAGCGAUCAACUGCGAGAGCAUAAAGGGACAACGGCGGCGGACACAUGAUAGUCUGUUGUUUGGAUUAGGUUACACACGCCGCUGGUGAUUGAAGUUCAGUAGUAGCGUUAGUAGUGGGUCGUUUCGUGCUCUCGUGCUCCCGUACGCCGUGUGCGCUCUUUGGUCGUGCGUGCUCUUUGCCAAAUAAGCGCGCACCAGCUCGGUUCGCGCCGAGCGCCCGGCGGGACGACCGUAGUACGGUUUAAUAGACGGCACAGCCUUGAACCGUCCACAGGGACGAUGGAAUAUUAAUAUUGCCGCACGCACUCCAUCCAGUGUAUGUGUGGCUGGCGUUCUAGUGCGGAUUUUCGAUUUGAAGCAUUCGAGUUUAAAGGACUUGCAUCAUCCAUCCAUUAUUGCAAGCGUCGCGUGUGUUGGUUGGAUGGUGUUGGAUGCAUACGUGGUGUAAAGUGCAUUGAGUUGUAUAAGACGACGACGGAAAAGGAUGCUUUAAAAUAGAGUGAUAAAAGCCACAAUUAAGUAGAGUGUAACGCGCGGAACUGUGCCUUAUCUGAAAAGAGGUGACUAAACUAGUGAGGAAAAUAGCAAAUACUAUGAGCAAAGAUUCAGUGGAAAACUUUCCUUCCCGAGAGUGCACGUGCGAUUGCACACUAAACUUUUGACUGCUACUAAAGCGAAGAAGCGGUCAGCGCAUUUUCCCGCCGCCGACAACAGCAUCGUCGAUCGGCGACAACGGUGUGUUUGUGUAAUCUGGUGAGAAGAUCGCGUGCACUUGCCCGCCGCUCUCACGAUCACUGUGGUGUGUUUUCCCGAGUGGCGAGAUCUCAUCGGUGGCCAUCGCGAAACAAUGCAUUUACAUCCGAGCUGCUCACAAUCGAACCUGUGCCUGAACUCGCCGCUCUACCGCAAUUUCAACCAUCCGGCGACGGCGACAACGACGACGGCACACCGGAUCAGUCCGCAGCCGGCACCGAAGGUACGCACGAGCCGUUCCCAUUCGUCGUCGUCCGCGCUCGGUGGUGGUGGUGGUGCAUCCGGCGUUGGAGACUUCUGGACCGGAAGUUCACACCCGAACAGCUGCAACGCUAACACGGGACUGCUGUCCGGGCUUGGUCCGGCGGCCACUUUUCACGGGGGCGCUGCGUCAUUCUUCGCCCAGGAAGCGAUUCGACGAUCCAACCUGAGCACAAUGUCACAGACUGGGGAUGAUCUGCACACACCAAACUAUCUGUCCUGGCGCAAGCUACAGCUGAGCCGAGCGAAGCUAAAAGCGUCCAGCAAAACGUCCGCCCUGCUGUCCGGAUUUGCGAUGGUGGCCAUGGUUGAGGUGCAGCUGGAUGAAAAUACCAAAGUGCCGUCAGCAAUGCUGAUCGCGUUCGCCGUAUGCACCACGCUCCUGGUGGCGGUCCACAUGCUAGCGCUCAUGAUCAGCACCUGCAUCUUGCCAAACAUCGAAACCGUCUGCAACCUGCACAGCAUAUCGCUCGUCCACGAGUCUCCCCACGAGCGGCUCCACUGGUACAUCGAGACGGCGUGGGCAUUCUCUACACUGCUAGGGCUGAUACUAUUUCUGCUAGAGAUUGCCAUCCUGUGUUGGGUAAAGUUUUACGACCUCAACACAACUGCCGCCUGGUCGGCCUGCAUCGUGCUCAUACCCGUGCUGGUGAUCUUUGUCGCGUUCGCGCUACACUUUUACCGCUCGCUGAUGAUGCACAAGUACGAGGUGACCGUUUCCGGCAUACGCGAGCUGGAGAUACUGAAGGAGCAGAUGGAGCAGGACCAUUUCGAUCAGCACCAGCAGCACCACCACGGGAUACUGCACCCGUCCGGGCUGCAGAUUGUGUGAUACAAGCGCCUGCGUAAUUUUCCAUUUACUUACUUCUUACAAAUUACACCAACUGUGAUUUCAUGCUUCAAACCAUAAACCUUUAAUUUUGAACCUCGGAUUGGAUAGGGUCUUUUGCGUUUUUCUUCCCCUUUGUAAUUGUAGUAAUACGUUUUGUAGGCCCUUUCUGUUACGGGAAAAGAAAAGUCCCACUUUACGAUGAUACCUCCCGGGGUUGAUGAUGAAACGAGACGAGACGACCCUCACUCCCACUUUAGAAUAUUGCUGUAAACGAUUAUGUUAUUUCGCUUCCUUCUCAUCUUCCCUAACAAUAGUAGUGUAAUUGCAUAAAAAAAGACAUUCGGUAGCGGUGAAGGCGCUACUGUUACUUACCCACUUACGACACGUGUAGCAAAACUAAUUUAAUUGAUGCGAAAGAUAAUGACGAGUAUGUAUAAUAUGAAACGUUGCAAUACACAGUGCAAAUAAAUCACGACUACGAUGAACGGAAUCGAUAGCGAAGGGUA